CAGGUUCCCGUCUUAUCUUUGAAAGGAAUCUUCACUAUAUUAUCUGGUCAGCAUCAGUGACAGGAGUGUCCGCGGAAAGACUUCAAUUGCUAUUUCCAUUCAAUCGUUAUGUGCAUGUCCACAUAUCUUCCGGCAUUGAUUCGAAUAUAAUCUUUUUUUUUUCUCCUACUUUCUUUUCAAUCUGGCAACUAGCAUAAGCGUUCGAAGUAGCCGAUUACAUGAAUUGUUCAUAUCCCGUUUCAGAUCUGAGAGCAUCCGGAGUCGAUAUGGAAUCCGAAUCUCCACGGCACUCGAUCACAAUGGCAUCGUCCCUAAACGAAGACAUGAUCGGGGAAGAUAUCGAAAAAGCUCAGACUCUGUCUGCAUCCCACGCAGCCGAUCCGCUGGACCUUGUUCAGAGUUGCAUGUCCCAUCAGGACAUGCAUGCAGUGACGAAUGACUAUAUCGAACCUAACGCUGAUCAGUACACACGCUUCUCGCGAGCACGGAAGAUAGGAAUUGUCGCUAUUCUUUCCUUUUGUUCAUUUCUGGCUCCUGUCUCUUCGACUUCGAUUCUGUCUGCAGUUCCUGAAGUUGCCAGCACCUUCAAUACGACGGGGAGUGUGAUCAAUGCCAGCAAUGCCUUAUACAUGGUUUUUAUGGGUAUGGCAGCUAUGUUUUGGGGUCCACUGAGUCAAGUUUGGGGCCGUCGUCCUAUCUGCAUUGCCAGUGCGUUUCUAUUCUUUGCGUUUAGCAUAGGCACAGCGCUAUCUCCGAACUUGGCGUCCUACUAUAUAUUUCGGGUGCUCACUGCCUUCCAAGGAACAUCAUUCUUGGUUGUAGGUAGCUCAGCUAUCGGGGACAUAUAUGCGCCUGCAGAUAGAGCAACUGCGCUGGGCUGGUUUCUUUCAGGAACCCUUAUCGGACCUGCAAUAGGCCCUUUCAUUGGAGGAGUCAUAGUUACUUUCCGAUCUUGGAGGGUUAUCUUCUGGCUCCAGUCAGCCCUAGGAGGAUUGGCUACCGUCCUCGUCGUUCUAUUCAUCACGGAAACUAUCCCAUACAAGACCUGCGGCAAGCUUGCAGGGCUUUCAGUGCCACAGAAGACGCAGGCAAUUUGGCACCUCAUCUCGCCAAUUCGGGUUGCGGUUCUUCUCUUUUCCUAUCCUAACCUCAGCUUCGCUGGUCUGGCUGCAGGUGCCCUUGUCUGGAACCAAUAUUCUCUACUGACACCGAUUCGAUACGUCUUGAAUCCACGUUUUCAUCUCACGUCCCCUAUCGAAUCUGGUCUCUUCUACAUGGCUCCUGGUUGUGGGUACUUAUUGGGCACGCUCAUGGGAGGCCGUUGGGCCGACUAUAUCGUGAGGAAGUGGAUUCGCAAACGUGGCAAUGUCCGGAUUCCCGAAGAUCGUCUGAAGUCAUGCCUGGAAUUCAUCUGCAUUGUGAUUCCCGGAAGCAUUCUCAUCUACGGAUGGACAGUGGAGAAAGAAGUGGGUGGAGUCCCUGUCCCGGUAGUGGCCAUGUUCGUGCAAGGAGUCGCCCAGCUUUUCUGCUUUCCCAGUCUCAACACCUACUGUUUGGAUGUAAUGCAGUCCAAGGGCCGAAGUGCGGAGGUAGUCGCGGGUAACUACAUGCUUCGGUACGUCUUCGCCGCCAUUGGCACUGGCGUUGUCCUUCCAGCAAUCGAGGCAAUAGGGGUUGGAUGGUUCAGCACUAUCAGUGCAUUUUUCCUCCUGUUCUCUGGCCUCCUCGUCUGGGCGACAACAAUUUGGGGCCCCAAAUGGCGACAAAGGGUGGACGAGAAAAAUCGACGGAAGAAGAUCGAACAGAGCAAUGCAGAUGCUCAGAGGCAAGCAGCAGAAGAAGAGGUGCACCCUGCUGCCCAGGAUAGCGAAAAGCAGUGAAACGUUACACCUAUCCUUGACUCUCAACUUCAAGGGACCGCUCUUUUCCUAUUGUGAUUU